AUGGAUGUCCUUGAGCAUCCUAGAGGACCACAUGGGAUCUCGAGGAUGAGGCCUCUAUCACAAUUGGAAGAGAAACUGAAACUGAUACUGGACCUGAAGCUGAAGCUGAAGCUGUGUUGGAAAAUGGCUACUACGAAUUAUUGUUCAGGCCCUGUGCUGCAUCGUUUGAAUGCGAUUUCCUGUUUCGGUUUUCCUUCUUCAUCUACUGCUCGUAUCUCCAUUGCUAAGAAAAAAGGGUAUUCAUUCAGGUGCCAGUCAUCCACAAAUACUGAUGAAUCCAAAACAACAAAAACAAUGAAUCUAUUAGACAAUGCAAGCAACCUGCUGACUAAUUUCUUAAGUGGAGGAAAGAUUGGAUCUAUGCCUACAGCUGAAGGUGCAGUUUCUGAUCUUUUCAGUCGGCCACUUUUCUUCUCCUUGUAUGACUGGUUCCUAGAGCAUGGCUCUGUAUAUAAACUUGCUUUCGGGCCAAAAGCAUUUGUUGUUGUAUCAGAUCCCAUUGUCGCACGGCACGUUCUUCGUGAAAAUGCAUUUUCCUAUGACAAGGGAGUUCUUGCUGAUAUAUUAGAACCAAUAAUGGGAAAAGGACUCAUACCUGCUGACCUUGAGACUUGGAAGCUGAGGAGAAGAGUUAUUGCUCCUGGGUUUCAUGCAUUGUACUUGGAAGCCAUGGCCAAAAUAUUUACUGACUGCAGUGAAAGAACGAUGUUGAAAUUUGAAAAGCUUUUGGAAGAAGAAUAUUCAAGAGGAGGAAGGACAAUUGAGCUUGAUCUGGAAGCUGAAUUUUCUAGUUUGGCACUAGAUAUCAUCGGGCUUGGUGUUUUUAAUUAUGACUUUGGUUCUGUUACAAAAGAAUCCCCUGUGAUUAAGGCUGUUUAUGGUACUCUUUUUGAAGCUGAGCAUCGUUCUACAUUCUAUAUUCCUUACUGGAAAAUUCCUCUUGCAACGUGGCUGGUUCCUCGGCAGAGAAAGUUCCAGAGUGACGUCAAGGUCAUUAAUGAUUGUCUUGAUGGCCUCAUCAAAAAUGCAAAAGAGACCAGAGAGGAAGCAGAUGUCGAGAAACUCCAGCAAAGGGACUACUUAAAUCUUAAGGAUGCAAGUCUCUUACGUUUUCUUGUUGAUAUGAGAGGUGCUGACGCUGAUGAUCGUCAGCUAAGAGAUGACCUUAUGACAAUGCUUAUAGCUGGACACGAAACAACUGCUGCUGUCCUUACUUGGGCUGUUUUCCUUCUUGCACAACAUCCCUCCAAAAUGAAGAAAGCUCAAGCAGAGAUUGACUCAGUCCUUGGUCAGGGGAGAACAACAUUUGAAUCAAUCAAAAAAUUAGUGUACCUGCGACUUAUUGUUGUGGAGGCACUACGUUUAUACCCACAGCCUCCAUUGCUGAUUAGGCGUUCCCUUAGAUCAGAUUGCUUACCAGGUGGUUACAAUGGUGACAAAAAUGGAUAUGCGAUUCCACCUGGCACUGAUAUAUUCAUUUCUGUGUAUAAUCUCCAUAGAUCUCCAUAUUUUUGGGACAAACCUAAUGAAUUUGAGCCUGAGAGGUUUCUAGUACAAAAGGAGAGUCAAGGCAUUGAAGGGUGGGCCGGUUUUGAUCCAUCCCGUAGCCCGGGAGCAUUGUACCCAAAUGAGGUUAUAUCAGAUUUUGCCUUCUUGCCUUUUGGUGGGGGACCAAGGAAAUGUGUAGGUGACCAAUUUGCCCUCAUGGAGUCGACUAUAGCACUUGCAAUGUUACUAAAAAAGUUUGACGUUGAGCUUAAGGGAUCUCCAGAUUCCGUAGAACUUGUUACUGGAGCAACCAUUCACACAAAGAAUGGAUUAUGGUGCCGAUUAAAGAAGAGGCCAAAUGUUCAUUGA